AUGGCUCCUCUUGCCUUGAGGAGCCUCCUCAUCGGCGCCUUGGCUUGUCUUCCUGCCCUGGCUUCGGCACAGCGCAACUACUCCACCGCCGAUAUGCUGCGUGCGCAGCUGACACUUCUCGACGACCGGCCCUCCGACUGCCCGCCUUGCUUCAACUGUCUCCUCCCCGCCCACAAGUGCACACAGUUCGCCGGCUGCAACGAUUAUACAGGCAAAUGCAACUGUCCCGAAGGCUUCGGCGGCGAUGACUGCCUCGAUCCACUGUGCGGAUCUCUGUCCCGUGGCGAUAACACCGAUAGACCUCGACGAACUGGUGACUCGUGCCAAUGCGACGACGGCUGGACCGGCAUCAACUGCAAUGUCUGCACGAGCAACCUGGCCUGCGACGCCCUUAUGGAGACCAAGGAGGGCGGUGUUUGCUACCAGAAUGGCGAGGUCAUCAACCACAACUACCAGAUCUGCGAUGUGACCAACAAGAAGAUCACCGAUCUUCUUGGCGAGAAGCGCCCCCAGGUUACUUUUACCUGCAAGAAGGAAGAGGGCAACUGCGAUUUCCAGUUCUGGGUCGACGAACGCGAGUCCUUCUACUGCCACUUGAACGAUUGCUCCUCCACCGCCGACAUCAACGACAGCCAGAACAGCACCGACUACAAGUGCAACAAGAUCGAGUGCAACUGUAUCUCUGAUCGCAUGUUGUGUGGCGAGAACGGCUCCGUCGACAUCAGCGACUUCCUAGUCGAGGAGAUCAACGGUCCCGCCGAGUUCCAGUGCCUGCAGAAGAAUGGAGGCGUCAACAACUGCGCCUUCAGAGAGCCUGCCAUGGACGAUCUCAUCCUGUCCUUGAUCGGCGACAGCAGCAUUCAGCUGAACUGUCGCUCCGGAGAGUGUCUCUACCACACCGAAGUCCCCGGCUACGAGCGACCUGUCAAGAAGAUCAACACUCCGCUCAUCGCCAGUGUCAUCGCCGCCUGCUCCCUGUUCGUUGUCGCCAUCAUUCUGUUGACUUGGUACCUUUCCCGCCGCCAGUUCAAAUACGGCGCCAUCGUGCUUGACGACUCCGACGACGAAUCCUUGAAGCUCAUGGCCGACCACAAGCCCGCUUCUCUCUACUUCGAGAACGUCGCCUACGACCUCAACGGGAAGCGCAUCCUGAACAAUAUCCAGGGCAUGGCCCACCCCGGUGAGGUCACCGCCAUCAUGGGCGCCUCGGGAGCUGGCAAGACCACCUUCCUCGAUAUUCUGGCCAGGAAAAACAAGCGAGGACAGGUUUCUGGCGAUUUCUACGUCAAUGGCGAAAAGGUCACCGACACGGACUACAAAAACGUCAUCGGCUUCGUUGACCAGGAAGACACCAUGCUGCCUACUCUGACUGUCCACGAGACCAUCUUGACGAGCGCUCUUCUCCGUCUGCCCCGUAACAUGGGCCGCGCCGCCAAGGAGCAGCGCGUCUUCGAAGUCGAGAAGCAGCUCGGUAUCUACCAUAUUCGCGAUUCCUUGAUUGGCUCCGAGGAAGGCAAGGGCCGUGGCAUUUCUGGCGGAGAGAAGCGCCGAGUCGGCAUCGCCUGUGAGCUUGUCACGAGCCCCUCCAUUCUGUUCCUGGACGAGCCCACCAGCGGCCUGGACGCCUAUAACGCCUUCAACGUCAUUGAAUGCCUGGUUACCUUGGCCAAGAACUACAAGCGUACCGUUGUCUUCACGAUUCACCAGCCUCGGUCCAACAUUGUCGCCCUCUUCGACAGACUCAUUUUGUUGGCGCGAGGUGGCGCGGUCUACUCGGGUCCCUUUUCUCAGUGCCAGGCGUAUUUCGACCACAUUGGUUACUCUUGCCCCCCUGGCUUCAACAUUGCUGACUACCUCGUCGACCUCACGAUGCACGCGGGCGCUACCACCUCUGAAGAUGAUGGCGCCAUGAACGCCGACGUGGCCAGUUUAGGCCCCAGCAGCACCACCGCUGUCAAGUCUAUCGCCAGCAUUUCUGGCGGGUCUAUCAAUGAGGACAGUGGUGUUGAAUCCUCUUCAUCGCGCCCCAAGAAUAAGCGUCGGGACUCGGUCAAGGUUCGCCAAGAGCGAGAGCUCUUCACGCGUCGCAAGAACAAUGCCGACACUGCUGCUUCAUCGGACGCCGGCGGAGAGGACGUUGGAUCUUACAAAUUGCAGACCCAGCCAGGCCUCGUACCGUCCAUCAAUGUUGAGGACCCCCACGACCUUCCCCCUGCCGCAUACGUUGGAACCGACUUGGAUGUCCUGAUCCGCUCCUUCGCCGAAUCCGACAUUGCAGGCUCCACGCACGAUGAGCUUCAGCAAUCCAUCAACGCCGCUCAGGGUGCCAACGGACAAAACGCAAACGGAUACAACCCAGAGGGGCCGAACAUCCACAUAAGCGCCAUCGGCAAGGGCUACGCUCGCGUGGGCUACACCCGCCAGUUCAUCAUCCUGUCUCAGCGGACCUGGAAGAACCUGUACAGAAACCCUAUUCUUAUGUUGACUCACUACGCCAUCGCGAUCCUCCUCGCGGUUCUGUCCGGCUAUCUGUUCUACGGAUUGACCGACGACAUCCCAGGGUUCCAGAACCGUCUGGGCCUAUUCUUCUUCCUGUUGGCAUUGUUCGGGUUCAGCACCUUGACCAGCUUGAACGUCUUCGCUACCGAGAGGCUCUUGUUCGUCAGAGAGCGUGCCAACAGCUACUAUUCACCCAUCACCUAUUUUGCGGCCAAGAUCCUUUUCGACAUCAUUCCACUCCGUAUCAUCCCACCCCUCCUCAUGGGCGCCAUCAUCUAUCCAAUGACGGGCUUGGUCCCCGAUGCCGCCCACUUCUUCAAGUUCAUCCUCGUGCUAGUCCUGUUCAACUUCGCAGCCGCUGCCAUCUGCCUGUUCAUUGGCAUCAUCUGCAAGGACGGCGGGGUAGCCAACUUGAUUGGCAGCUUGGUCAUGCUAUUCAGCUUGCUCUUCGCCGGUCUGCUACUCAACCACAACGCCAUCCCCAAGGCUGCCCUCUGGCUCCAGAUGCUCUCCAUCUUCCAUUACGGAUUCGAGUCGCUCAUCGUCAAUGAGGUGCUUCAAUUGACCCUCGUCGACAAGAAGUACGGCCUCGACAUCACCGUCCCGGGUGCCGCCAUCUUGAGCUCCUUUGGUUUCAAUAACGACGCCCUGUGGGCCGACGUCGUCAGCCUCGGCACCUUUGGUGUUGUCUUCAUCAUUCUCGCCUACGCCGCCAUGCACUUCCUUCUCGUCGAGAAGAGGUGA